AUGACGAUCAACCAACACACAGGUGAAAUCACUUUAAAAAAACGGCUUGAUUACGAGACACGGAAUUUCUAUCAGUAUACAAUUAUGGCUAAAGAUUCAGGUACGCCACCUUUAAAUUCAACGGAAAGUGUAUGGAUACAAAUCACUGAUGUCCAGGACACUCCGCCCGUUUUUAUCAAUCCUUCAUUCAUUAAACACAUCGGGGAAGACGCAACAAUCGGUACGUCAGUCAUGAGCGUAACUGCUGAAGACGGUGACCGGGGAAUCCCUAAUGGAAUUUUAUACACGAUAGACGAUGCCCGUUGUAAACGAUUCAGGAUCGAUCAAACCACUGGUGUAAUCUACGUGAAGCAGGACCUGAAUCUUACAGAAACUUCGUUAAAACACUUAUACGGUGUUUGUCCAAUCACUGUGAUACUCUACUCUAUCCUCUGUCCUUUGCUCUCUCACUGUCUCAGGUUCAUACUCGGCUGGUGUCUAUCGAGGUAUCUCCACUCUCAGCUGAUGUCUCUCCCGCAGUUUAUACUCCUCACUCUAUCGAUGUAUCUCGUUCAGCACGUACUCUGUAGAUGUCUCUCACCCAGUUCAUACUCGGCUGGUGUAUCACACUCAACUCCUACUCUAUCGAUCUCGUACUCGGCUGAUAUCUCUCACCCAGUUCAUACUCGGCUGGUGUAUCAUACUCAACUCCUACUCUAUCGAUGUAUCUCCUUCAGCUCGUGCUCUCUCACUCGGCUGAUGUCUCUCACCCAGUUCAUACUCGGCUGGUGUAUAACACUCAGCUCCUACUCUAUUGAUCUCCUGAUGUCCUACUCUAUCGAUGUAUCUCCUUUAGCUCGUACUCGGCUGAUGUCUCUCACGCAGUUCAUACUCGGCUGGUGUAUCACACUCAGCUCCUACUCUAUCGAUGUAUCUCCUUUAGCUCGUACUCGGCUGAUGUCUCUCACCCAACUCCCUAUGUCAUACUCGUACUGGGCUGAUGUCUGGUGUAUAAUCACGUAUCUCGGUCACUCGGCUGAUGUCUCCUACUCUAUCGAUGUAUCUCCUUUAGCUCGUACUCGGCUGAUCUCUCUCUCACCUAGUUCAUACUCGGCUGCUCGUACUCGGCUGAUGUCUCUCACAGUUCUAUCGAUGGUGUAUCUCUGUAUCUCCUUUAGCUCGUACUCGGCUGAUGUCUCUCACUCCCAUGUCACUACUCCUACUGGUGUAUCUCCAGCUCGUACUCGGCUGAUGUCUUCCUACUCUGGUGUAUCAUCGACUCUAUCGCUGUAUCUCCUUUCAGCUCUCGUAUGUCUCUCGGUUCAUGUCUCUAUAACACUCACUCCUACUCUAUCGAGGUAUCUCCUUUUUCGGUCGUACUCGGCUGAUGUCUCUCAUCGCAGUUCAUACUCGAUGUCUCUCACCCAGUUCAUACUCGGCUGGUGUAUCACACUCAGCUCCUACUCUAUCGCUGUAUCUCCUUUAGCUCGUACUCGGCUGAUGUCUCUCACCCAGUUCAUACUCGGCUGGUGUAUAACACUCAGCUCCUACUCUAUCGAGGUAUCUCCUUUAGCUCGUACUCGGCUGAUGUCUCUCACGCAGUUUAUACUCGGCUGGUGUAUCUACUCUCGUACUCGGCUGAUGUCUCUCACCCAGUUCAUACUCGGCUGGUGUAUCACACUCAACUCCUACUCUAUCUUUAGCUCUGUAUCUCCAGUUUUAGCUCGUGUCACACUCAACUCCUACUCUCGGUAUCUGAUGUACUCUCUCACCCAGUUCAUACUCGGCUGGUGUAUAACACUCAGCUCCUACUCUAUCGACGUAUCUCCUUUCGGUCGUACUCGGCUGAUGUCUCUCACGCAGUUCAUACUCGGCUGGUGUAUAACACUCAGCUCCUACUCUAUCGCUGUAUCUCCUUUAGCUCGUACUCGGCUGAUGUCUCUCAACACUCCCAGUUCAUGUCUCUCACCCAGUUUAUACUCGGCUGGUGUCUCAGCUACCUAUCGCUGUAUCUCCUUUAGCUCCUCGUACUCGGCUGAUGUCUCUCACCAGUUCAUACUCGGCUGGUGUAACAUCAGCUCCUACUCUAUCGAGGUAUCUCCUUUAGCUCGUACUCUAGUGUCUCUAUCGCUGGUGUAUCACACUCAACUCCUACUCUAUCGCUGUAUCUCCUUUAGCUCGUACUCGGCUGAUGUCUCUCACCCAGUUCAUACUCGGCUGGUGUAUCACACUCAACUCCUACUCUAUCGCUGUAUCUCCUUUAGCUCGUACUCGGCUGAUGUCUCUAUCGAGGUAUCUCCUCGGCUGAUGUCUCUCACCCAGUUAAUACUCGGCUGGUGUAUCACACUCAGCUCCUACUCUAUCGCUGCAUCUCCUUUAGCUCGUACUAGGCUGAUGUCUCUCAGUUUAUACUCGGCUGGUGUAUCACACUCAGCUCCUACUCUAUCGGUGUAUCUCCUUCAGCUCGUACUCUGUAGAUGUCUCUCAUCUCCUCAGGUCAUACUCUCACCCAGUUCUGGUGUAUCACACUCUAGCUCCUAUCUCUAUGUCUCUCACCCAGAUGUAUCUCCUUUAUCGCUUCUGUAUCUCUUUAGCUCGUACUCGGCUGAUGUCUCUCACCCAGUUCAUACUCGACUGGUGUAUCACACUCAGCUCCUACUCUAUCGAUGUAUCUCCUUCAGCUCGUACUCUGUAGAUGCCAAAGAAGACGAUUCUAUAUCAUCUUUUACUAAACAAGACAUCACCAUUUUCAUUGACGAUAUCAACAACCAUGGCCCAGUAUUCAGCAAUCCAUCGUAUAGUGCCAAUAUCAGUGAAGCCACAGCAAUUGACAAUCCAGUUAUAAUUAAUCAAAGCAUCCAGAUAAGCGACGAUGACCUGAAAGUUGAAAACAACAACUUCAGUCUCAGCCUUCAAUACAUGAACGGUUCAACCUUCUCGGCUUUGAGCGUUUGGCCAAAUGCAAGCGUAGCGCGCGCCGGUGUGAUUCUAUUGGUGAAAGACAAAAGCCAACUCGACUAUGAAAAAAGAGACCACAUUGAUUUUAAGAUCGUUGCUCGGGGUGCACAAGGAAAAUAUAGUUCUUCAGCGACAGUGAAGUUAACGAUUUUACCCUUUAAUGAAUACAGGCCGAAAUUUGCAAGCAAUUAUACAGUUUGUUUGUUCGAGAACACAACUAAAGGCCAUUAUGUUACAAAUGUUUCGGCUACAGAUGACGACAGAGGAAUUCAUGGGAAUAUUACAUACAGUUUAUAUGGCAGCAACGGUUUGUUUUUAAUAGACAAAUUCACAGGCGUUGUCACACUGGGCAAGGAAGAACUUGAUUAUGAAAAAGUUAAGUCAUACCAUUUGACUGUCGACGCCACUGAUGGUGGCAACAAAAAAGACACGACCAGUUUGUACGUUUGCAUCAACGAUACAAAUGAUGAAGCGCCAAAAUUCACUUCAAGUAAAUACGAACAAACGGUGAAAGAAAACGAGGAGAUCAAAAUUAAAGUCCAGGCGAAAGAUAAAGACGAACCCGGUACUCCAAAUUCUAAGGUGUCAUAUAGUAUUGUGAGCGUCAGUCAAAAACUUACGAAGAACUUCACAAUUAACAAUACUUCAGGAGUAAUACAUGCAAAAUCAAUUGACUAUGAAAAGCUGACCUCUGGUCAAAUUAUUCUUGAAGUUGAAGCUUCUGACCAAGGUAAUCCCCAAAGGUACACGAAAACGAAUGUGACUAUUAACAUUCAGGAUGUUAAUGAUAACCCUCCACGUUUCACCCAUCCACUGUACAAUUUUAUUGUUCCUGAAAAUUCUACCACCGGUGAUUAUAUUGGUAACGUUUCAGCAACUGACGCUGACCGGCAAAGCAUCAACCAUAGACUCACUUUUCUUCUGGUCAAUGAAACUGACAAGUUUAACAUAAACUCUGGAACUGGUUCUAUUUUCAUUCUUGGUAAACUAGACCGAGAGAAAAAUGACCACUAUCGCUUGCUAGUGGAAGUCAUUGAUGGUGGUUCCCCGUCUCUAAAUAGCACCGCCAUCUUGAACAUCACAGUCACAGACGUCAAUGACGAAUAUCCCGUGCUGAUAGAUUCUUCAGCUACUAUUGAAGUUGCCGAGAACAUUUCAGUUAACAGCUCGAUCGUGAAAAUUAAUGCCACUGACCAGGAUUUAAACGCUAAACUAGUUUAUGGUAUCUACUCCCAACAGAUUCAAGUUGAUGGCAAGGGAAUGUACGUUAAUAAAAUCUCAACGGAUUAUUUUGGUAUAGACAAGGACACCGGUGAAAUUUUCUUGAAGGUAGAAUUGGAUCGUGAAGUGGCCGAACUUAUUUCCCUUGGAAUUGAAGUGAACGACACGAACGCUGUCGGCCAUCCUCAGGUUUCAAGAGGUCAACAAAAGAUUAAAAUUUUGGACAUUAAUGAUAACAAUCCAAAGUUUUUAAAUGAAUUUAUAAAACUUUCACUGUCUGAAAAUCUCCCAGUGAAUACCACGUUAACCCGAGUCAGUGCCACAGACGCUGACAAGAAUGACAAUGUAACUUACAGUUUUCAAAGGAACUAUAUACAGUUUAAAAUCAACGAAACAACGGGAGAGAUCAAACUUGUGAAAAACUUGGAUCGUGAGACAAACGCGAAUAUAAGUUUGUUUGUUUUAGCAAAAGACACCAAACCGAAACGCCGAACAUCGACAGCAACCAUCUCAUUGAAUAUCUUAGAUUACAACGACAAUAGCCCAAUAUUUGUUGGAUCGUAUAACAAAACGUAUAACGUAAGCGAGGGUGCUUCAGAUGGUACUGAAAUUCUCACAGUCACGGCCACAGAUGCUGACACGGGAAUUAAUGCUGACAUUCGUUUUUCGCUUUUUUACGAAGAUAAUGACCAAAUAUUGCCCAUAAGUAUAAAUAAUACGACGGGAAAAGUGUUUGUAUCUGGUAAACUUAACCGAGAAGAGACACCUUUGUACAAAAUUGAGAUUAAAGCUAAAGACAUGGCCGGAAUUUACAGUGAGAAUGCACGCACUGGAAGCACUUGGAUUAAAAUUAAUGUAACUGACAUCAAUGACUGUGCUCCAAAAUUCGUAAUACCUAGUUAUUAUGCAAACGUGCAAGAAAAUACACCACCUGAUCAGUCUGUCAUUCAAGUGCAGGCAACAGACCAAGAUGUUGGAGAGAACAGUCGGUUGUCAUUCAAAUUGGAAGGAGAUGGAGCAACUUUUUUCAAAAUUGAUAAUUCAAAAGGAAUUAUUUCUGUGAAUUCAAGUCUUACAGAUAAAGUGGGUGUGAAAAGAUUUUUGGUGGUGGCCACUGAUCAUGGAAUGCCAUCAAAAAAUAACACUGCAAAUGUCACCAUUAAUAUAACAGAUAUAAAUAACCACCGGCCUGAAUUUGCCGAUAAUAAAAAAUAUAUUGACAUUUCUGAGGCUGUGUGCCCUGGUUCGUUUAUUUUUAAUGUAUCAGCCACUGACAAGGACUUUUAUCCACCAAAUAAUCAGGUGAUAUAUGAAUUGAAAAAUGAAAGACAUUAUGAACCGGAUUUGAAAAAAGAAAAAAAUUACAAAUAUUUUAAGCUUGAUGCAAACACUGGUCGUUUGACACUUGCUAGAGAACUGGACAGAGAAAAACAUAAAAUUCAUGAGCUUACAAUUACUGCCACAGACAAAGGCAGCCCGCCUUUGGAGUCCAAUCCUCUCCGAUUAAUAAUCAAUGUCACAAAUGUAGAUGAUGAGCCACCAGUCUUUCGCAGACAGGACUAUAAGGACUUAAAGAAAACCUUUUCCGUCCUGGAAGGGAAACCACCACUUUUUGUUGGCGAAAUAAAGGCCUACAAUAGUUAUCCGGAUUCAAAACCCUGCUUCAAAUUCGUUCAAAAGGCUAAUGAACAGUAUUUUGAAGUUAAAUCUGUCAAUGGUUAUGGAAAAAUCACAGCGCUCAAGGAACUUGAUUACGAAACAAAGAAGAUAUAUAAUUUCAUGCUGGAAACCUUCGAUUGCAAUAAUAAUGUCUACAAUAUCUGUGGUAAUUCUAUAACACCUACUGAUAACAAACUUAGCAUCAUUGUAAAUGUAACAGAUGUCAAUGAUCAUCCUCCAAGAUUCAUCAACAAAUCAAUGCAUAUGGCGAUCCAGCCAGACUUAAAGCUGAAAACUGUUAUUGCAAACCUCACAUCCUUGAUUACCGAUGGCGAUGACUAUAUAGAGAAUAAAAAGAAUUUAUUUAAAAUUUUAAAAUUUACGCCAUAUGGGGACGUUUCUGUUCAAAAGAAGCCAUUUGUUGUUGAGAAGAAUCUUUUGAAGACCAACCAGUUAUUCAGCGCAGCAAAAAUCGGCUACGUCACUCUUUUGAUAUCAACCUUUGAUGAAAAAGGGAAAAGUGAUACUGCAGAAUUGAAGGUUUAUAUCAUUGCUAACGGAAAUAAAAUAAAAAUAACUUUUAUGCAGACCGUUGAACAAACAGAGAAAAACAAGGAAACAUUUAGUCGUCUAUUGGGAAAUAUUUUGGGCAACAAUAUCACAAUCGUUCCUGGAAAAAUUGAACCACUUCAAAGAGCAGAUGGAACAUAUGAGAAAACAAAGACAGUCAUGUUUAUCUAUGGCUUUCAAAAUGAAAAAAUCAUGUCAGCAGAAAAACUUCAAAAGCUUAUCGACUGGAAGACGAAAAAACUAAGUGAAAUCCAAAACAAAUAUCCCAUUAUUAGUAUAAUGAGCAUGAAACAAAAAUCUGCAACCUCAAGUAAUGCUGCCAAGAACCAAGUGAUAUUAUCAGCGGUUAUAGCUCUCCUCGGCAUCACACUUUUGGUAGUCAUUUUCUUGUUCUAUGGAAUUUCUUUCUUUUUUUCCUCUUUACUUUUACUUCUUUUCUUUUUUUUACUUUUCUUUUUUUACUUUUCUUACUUCUUUUCUUUUUUUCGUGAUUCUUCAUGUUUUUUUUUAUUUUUGUUUGUUUCACUUUUGUUUUUUUACUUUUUUAUUUUUCUUUCUUUUACUUUUCUUUUAUCCUUUUUACUUCUUUUCUUUCUUUUACUUUUUUGUUUUUCUCCUCUUUUUACUUUUCUUUCUUUUACAUUUUAUUUUUUUCUUUUUAUUUUUUAUUUUUGUUUCUUUUACUUUUCUUUCUUGUUUCCCCGUUUUUCUUAUUUCUUUUACUUUUUUGUUUUUUCCUUUUUUUACUUUUCUUUCUUUUUCUUUUUUACUUUUCUUUCUUUUUCUUUUUUAUUUCAGUUUCUUUUACUUUUCUUUUUCCUUUUCUUUCUUUUUAUUUCUUUUUAUUUUUUCCUUUUACUUUUCGUUCUUUCUCCUCUUUUUUCUUCUUUUCUUUCUUUAACUUUUCUUUUACUUUUUUCAAUUUUGCUCUUUUCUUAUUAUUUUUCUUCUUUUCUCUUUAUUUUUUCUGUUUUCUUUAAAUUUUUCUCACUUAUUUUUCUCUAUUCAUCCUCUGUUUUUCUUUUGUUCUUGUUUUUCUUUAUUCUCUCUUUUUAUUUCUUCAUUCUUUCUUUUUCCUCUUAUUUCUUUACUUUAUUUUCCUUUCUAUCACAUAAUAAUAAAGAAGAUUUUCAAAAAUGGAUUGUUCCUGGUUCCAAUGUUCAUGCUUUGGGAGAGUCAAAUCCAAUUUAUAACAAAGAUAUUAAUCCUGUUAUGAAUCUACCUGACAAAGUAAGUUUGAAUUCCCUUGAUAUGAAUGAAGUUGGGGAUUCUGCUGUUUUUGUGGAUCCAUUUGAUGAGCAGGAAGUGGCUUUGGAUUUUAUCGAUGACCCCCCAAAUGAAACAAGUACCACAUCCAAAGAUUAUUCCAAAACUUUCUUGGACAAUGUCAUCAAGGAACGUGAAGCAGAAAUGAACAAGAAGAAUCAGAAGUCUGGAUCAAUGUCUGGCAGCACAAACAUGGCACUGAAUGUUACCAACCUAGAAACAACAGACGUGUAA